UUUAUUUAAAUUUUAUCUCUAUGCGCCCUACGCCUUAACACUGAUAACUAUAUUACGUUUCGCGUAUUUAAAUUAAUAUCACAGCUUUUUAUUAGGGCCCUUAAUAGUUCUACGUAUUUUGUGAACGUGUUCGUUUUUAAAAAUAAUUUUACUUGAAUAUUUAACUGCUGCAAUUUGCGAAUGACGAAAUACGUCUGAUGUGGACAUGGGGGUUUAUUAUGGAGUACGAGCGACCCCAUGUGGUCACACUUUUAAAAUAAAGUUUCUGGAGCAAAUAUCAUUCUUAAACCAGUUUUUAUUUAUUUUCAGAUAUUAAAACACGGUAGUAACAUAUUAUAACGAGAUAUAUCUUUUUGUUUCGUGUUAAAAUUAUCAUCUAUGACAUUUGUGGUUUAAAUAUUUCAAAAGUUAUACAAAUAACGUGUAUUUUAAUCAAUUUAACAGAUGCUCUCUCUAGAGACCAAUAAAAAUGAUAGUAGGGGCCUUUAAAUAGCAUAAAACGUAUUUAGGUGCUGCAGUUACACAAGACUGACCUAACUUUUGGAGCUCUUCAGAUUUUGAGGCUUAGGUUUGUGACUUUUUUCUGGAAAAAUGAGCAACCAUGGUAAGAAGUUCUAUUUAUUUUCCUUGAAAUUCGAUGUCACUCUGUUUGAAUUAUAUAGCUAAUGCUUUAUCGAUUUAUACUAUUUUAAUAGUUUUCCUAUUAUAGGAGAAUCAAAUGGGGAACAAAGUGUUUUUAGUCAGAUCGAUCUAUUGACAGCACAGCUGAUGAGUGAGCAUGAGGCACAAAACGAGAUAAUCGAUCUGACUGAUGAAUGCAGCGCUUGUUUCGAAAAGCCAGGCCCAAGUUUUUCUGACAACGCACGGAGUCCUUUGAAGAAGAAGAAAAGGAACGUUGCCUGUAUCAUUCCAAAUCUGAGAGAAGAUUUGCAUAAAGAUAGAACUACGGAACCUACGAAUGAAUUAGCGCCAGAUACAGGGUCAGAAGCAGACAUAUCUGACAACGACGGAGACGUCGAAAAUGAAAUAAUUCCAGAUACAGGGUCAGAAGCAGACAUAUCUGACAUCGACGGAGAAAAUGAAAUAAUUCAAGACAGACAUACCCGCAGGACGGACGACGUAGCUAACUGGACCGAGACCCAGCUGCAGGAGUGGGAGAGGUCUUCUUGGAGCGGCGACGGAGAAAAUAGAACGAGAGAAAGAGGUCGUCAAACGCCGUUCGCGUUCCAACAUGGUGAGGAAGAAGAACAACAGACUGGCGAUCAGAGUGCGAAUAGGUAUCUGAUACGUACCGUUAUCGAUAGACUCGAUUCGCAACGUGAAGAAAUUUACAAUAAGCUCAACGAGCAGCAUGCUGCAAUUUAUAAUAAAAUUAAUGAACAGCAUGCUGCGAUAUGUACAACGCUGUCCGCUUACUUUAAUGAAAUUCAUAUUCGAUUGAACAGACAGGAUAACGAAAUUCGAGAGAUAAAAGAGGUUUUAUAUCAGCAGAAUCAGGUAUCGGAGGCACGACUCCAUGGUCUGCAAGCGCAUGUACUUGAGAAUUUUGCAAGUGGUCACAAUGCUCUGCAAUUACAGUUGAGAGAGAGAACGCUGAUUGUUAAUUUGCUUUGCUCUAUCAAUAGCAGUCUUCAACAUCGAUAGAGUACGCUCUGUACCCAUUUUCAAUAUUUGUUUGUUGCUGGUGGCAUUUUGUAUUUUUUCAUAGAAUUCGAUAUAUUUUGUACCUCUUAUUAUUUUCUGUAAUCAUUUUCUGUAAUCAUUUUCUGUAAUCAUUUUCUGUAAGUCUAUAUUUCUGUUUUAUCAUUGACUUAUCGGUGUCUUUCAACACUGUAACCAUUUUCAAUAUUUGUUUGUUGCU